AUGGCUAAUAACAACAAUCAGGACAUCAAUAACUCUAUAUCCUUGUCUUCGUCAUCCUCUUCCUCUUUAUCUAACGAAUUAUCGUCUCCGUUGCCCACAUCUUCUCUCUCAAGUUCUCCUUUACCUUCAUUCACUGGCUCUCCAAGGAACUCCACUACAACUUCAGUUACUUUGACUUUUCCUUCAGACUGCGAUGAUAAAACUCCCAAGUCUGAGGCUCUAUCUAAACAAAGGUCCAAAAAUGGUUACAUUGCGCGAGUUGGCUUUGAUACCCUGGAUUGCGAGGAUACUGUUCAAUAUGCACUGACACUUCAAGCCAGGACAGAUAAAUGGAAACGGGCUAAGAACACCCGAACUUUUUUGGUGUGCACUGACCUGAGCGAUUAUAGUUCUCAUGCAUUACAGUGGGUCAUGGAAAAUAUGGUCGAGGAUGGUGAUGAGAUCGUUGCGUUGCGUGUUGUGCCAAUGGAGUUACGGGACUCUUCAACCAAAAUUAUGGAAAUGAUUAGAGAAAGAAACAAAUCCAAAGAGAUCAAUAUAGUUGUAGAGUGUCUGGUUGGCUUUGUACGCGAUACGAUUCAGCACAUGAUCAAAAUGUAUGAGCCAACAAUGUUGGUUGUAGGGACCCGAGGGCAUAGCAAAGUAAAAGGGUUUCUUUUGGGGAGCAUAUCGCGUUAUUGUCUCCACUAUUCACCUAUUCCUGUCAUAGUGGUUCGCCCUGCUAGCAAACUGGUCAAGUCUAAGAAUAAAUCUAAAGGCAUUUUUCGACGGCGCACUUCUUUUCAAGUGGAUGCAGAGGAGAUUAGAGAUACACAACCACAACUAUUUUAUUCUAGUCCAGUGUCCCGUCAGACGUCUCGGAGCUCAUCAGACACAAAUGAUACUAUCUCCAAAGUCACCAUGGAAGAGUUGGGACGUAAGGACUCCAGGAGCCCUGAGCCAUCAUAUCCCUAUCAUCAGCACCAUCGACAUUCAUUAACGGCUGCUGAGAAGGCAUCAGCUGCGAAAAAGGGAUCCAUGCCCUCUAUCUUUUCUAUCAAUCCGACAUCCACUUUGACACCACCUACUCCUUCUGAUUCUAUUAGUUCUUCUUUGAGCUAUGCAUCUGCCAUGUUAUCAUCCUCGCCUCCUGCCAACAAACCAUCACCGCCUCCAGAGGGGUUCAUCAAGAUGAGGAAAAGUGUAACAUCUGAUGGAAUCUCAGGGUCCUAUUGGUCAGACAAGGAAAAGAAUGCAGACAGGGAAAAGAAAUCAGGUAAUCGAGGAGUAUUCGCCAAGCUCUCGGGGUCAAUUUUUUCAGGGCCAAGGACUCGAGCUUAG